CAUAAAAAUACACUCUGUUCGAAGCUGCCGUUAUCCUAUUACAGGUUAUUUCAAGUGAUCACCCUUUUAGUAUGACACCAACAUAAGAGGUUUAGAAUCUCGAGUCUUGCUGUGGUGAUCAGUGUGUGGCUGGUCAACACUGUUAAAAGAGCCCUGGGCUGCAGGAGGCAUGCUAAGUGCUUAGCUGGUGUGAACCUGAAGAAGGAGUAAGAGUUUCCUCAGACAUGGGCAACAAUCACGCCACCCUGGACGACAUCCUGGCCGAGGACAUGCACCACUGGUACAACAAGUUCAUGAGGGAGUCUCCAUCAGGCCUGAUCACACUAUUUGAGCUGAAGUCUAUCCUUGGGCUGCAGGGGAUGCCUGAGGAUGCUAACAGCUAUGUGGAACAGGUCUUCCACACGUUUGACAUGGAUGGGGAUGGAUACAUAGACUUUGUGGAAUACAUCGCUGCAAUCAGUCUGAUGCUUAAAGGUGAAAUCAACCAGAAAUUAAAGUGGUAUUUUAAACUGUUCGACCAGGAUGGCAAUGGAAAAAUCGACAAAGAAGAACUGGAGACAAUAUUCACGGCCAUACAGGACAUCACACGAAAUCGGAGCAUUGUUCCAGAAGAGAUAGUAGCACUUAUAUAUGAAACAAUUGAUGUCAAUGGAGAAGGUGAAUUAACACUUGAAGAAUUCAUCGAAGGUGCCAGAGGGCAACCAGAUAUAAUGGAGAUGCUAAAGAAAAUUAUGGACCUCACUCCAGUGCUAGAGAUUAUUGUUGAAGGACGACAGAAACCAGGCAACGGUGAACAAGGCCAGAUAAGGACUUAAGAUAAAUUUCAUUCUGGAGACACAUCGACUCAACUGACACUUUGAACCUCGCUGACAGCACAAGGCACUGCAGCAAAACAAUGGUGUACUGGCUUUUCAGUAAACUUAUACUGUAUGUAUCAAACAAUAAUGCUAAGAAAUUCAAAAGCUAAAUCAUGUGAAAUAACAAAAUGAUAAAACUCAGAACAUUCAAUUACAACAAUGUUAAUUUUUUUUUUAAUAGUGAGCUUUAAAAGUGUAAC